GUAAGUAGUAAAGUAGGUUUCACGGUGAACAUCACCUGAAAGUGUUAUGUGUUAAUUGGUGAAGGUGGGAGAGAUGGUGAAAGGAAGAGUUGAAAGAAGCGAGGAAGGUGUGUGAGGAAGAGACGGAGUAGAAAAAGAAGGGAGUCGCUGGAGGCGGUCCUCGAAUCACGGCAAGCACAUGGCUUAUUGAAGAUGUUGCUCCAACAACUUACUAGCCUCAGUCGUUGUCUUGCAGUGCACCAACGACAGUGCAUCUGCACACACUGUUUACCUGGGAACCACCAAACACUGACCUUUCACUCGACCGGCUGUUCAAAGUGUUGACGACUAAUUUUCAUUCGCAUCUUAAAUAUAUAACAAACAGCUUACAUCGCGGCCAAUUUCAUCAUCUCCUUCCAGCUAUUGUUUAAAUACUAACUUGUAGUGAACAAUAAACAUCGCCUCUAUAUUUAUAGUGAAACGCUUCUUCAAGCCUGCCCUGCCAAAGUCCAGUCAAAGUAAUUGGAGAACACAAGAAAUAAUAAUAAUAAUAAAAAAAGACAAUGUAUAUUAAAGAAUACAGAAUAUGUAUGCCACUCUCAGUCGAAGAGUACAAGAUUGGCCAACUGUACAUGAUAGCCAAACACAGCCAUGAGCAAAGCGAAAGUGGCGAAGGUGUUGAAGUGGUCAAGAAUGAGCCCUGCGAACAUCCAGUUCAUGGUAAUGGUCAAUAUACAGAGAAACGGAUACAUCUGUCCAGUCGACUUCCAGGCUGGGUACAGAGUCUUAUUCCACGAAUCUUCUAUGUCACUGAACGAGCCUGGAAUUUCUUUCCUCAUACUAUAACAGAAUAUACAUGUUCAUUCCUGCCUAAGUUCUCUGUCUAUAUUGAGACCCGCUAUGAAAAUAAUCCUGGGACAUCAGAGAAUUGUAUUGACCUUGAUGCUGAUGAACUGGAACAACGAGAGGUGGACGUCGUCGAUAUUGUUAUGGAAGAAAUUGCAGAACAUCACUAUAAACCAGAAGAGGAUCUGAAAAUUUUCAAAUCUGAGAAAACCGGUCGUGGGCCAUACACCAGUGGCUGGAUGAAAAGCUCUGAUCCAAUAAUGUGUUCUUACAAAGUUGUGAAAGUGAAAUUUGAAGUUUGGGGUCUGCAAACCAGAGUUGAACAAUUUGGACAAAAGGCGAUUCGUGAUAUUUUGUUGCUUGGUCAUCGGCAAGCAGUUGCCUGGCUUGAUGAAUGGUUUGGAAUGAGUCUAGAAGACUUGCGAGAAUAUGAAGCUAAAAUGCAGGAAGAAACUAACAAGAAACUUGGAGUUGCAGAUGUCGAAAGCCCACAAUGAAUGAAGAAAUGUUAUAAUUCUACAAAAUUCGAUCAAAAAGAUAAAAAAGAAAAAAAAACGGAAAAAUUACCAAAGAACAAGUGAGAAAUGUUGCUAAAUGUCUGUAUAUUUAUUUCUCUUCUACCUUAAACUUCUCUAGCCGUCUUAUGUGCCACAGUAAGGAGUUGGAAUGUUAUUUAUUCCUGUCUUAGAUUUUGAGAGAUGGGUUUAUUUUUGAAGCAAUUUGCAUAUAAACAGUAAUAUUUUAUUCUGAUUACUUGGUGCCAUAAUGUUUUUAGAAUGGAAACCUAGCAGAUCUCUGCCCACAUAACAAAUUGGAAAAUUUACAAAAGGGGAAAAAUACUCAUUUUAUUGCUUUUAUUUACUUUUAACAAUUAGAAAAUGAAAUGGUUUAAAUAUGAUAAUUGUUUUUAAUAAUGAAAGCUGUUAUGUUCUGAAACCAGCUUUUAAACAAAACAUGGUAAAACAAUAAUUUUGGGGUAGAUUUUGUUGAAAAUCACAACUCUCUUUGAGAAAAAUCUUUUUGAAAAUAAGUCUUUACCUUUUGAAUAAGAAAAGUGAAAGGCUACCAAAGGAUUUUUAACAUAAAAUUUACUAUUUCUUUUAGUUUUAUCUACUUUGAUUUCUGUUAAAAAUUAAUUAUUCCAUGUCACUCACAGUUUCUAAAUUUUUAUAAUGUAACUUAUUAAAAAUAUUUAACGAAAUGACAAAAUUGAUUGGUCAGAGAAAGUGGCCUUAUAUAAAGUACAUAAAUGAUUAGAAAUGGAUUCAGAGGUUGGCAUCUUCAGUCCUUAGUGUUUACUAAACAACUUGGUUUGUGAGUGAAUCAGUUAAAUAUAUUCCUCUACUUUAACUCUUCGUUAGUAUAAUUAGUGGUGGCCAAGGCAAGACCUUAUGAACUUUUGCUCAAAAACAAAAUGAUAUUAUAUAUAUAUGUGUGUGUAUAUAUAUAUAAAUAGACUCAUUGACUGUGUUCUCAUUGCUUGCCAAAUGUUACCUGUCAUCCUGACAGGUACCAGUAUUAUGGUUACUUCAUGACAAAUUGUACACCCAUCUCAUUUAACUAAUUAAUGAUCCCAAAACACUGUCAAAUAAAUUAUUCAUCAAAAUAUUAUCCGAUAUUAUAAUUAAAGGAAAAAAAAAAACGGAAAAAAAAUUGUUUUGAAGCAGUUUAUCUCAGGAGCAGAAAGUGCGAAGAUUUUCUUGCAUAAAACAUAUUUUUAAUCACUUUCUCUUGAUAUUUUUACUUUGAAUGGAUGGUCAGCGGAUAGUGUGAAAAGCAACACCCACAUAUAUAAAUAACAUCCAUCAAUAUCUAUCUAUCUAUAUAUAAUGUGUAUGUGUCAAACACUCAUUUCUAUAUUUGUAAUAUUUUCAAAUGUUUAUUAAAGCAGGGUAACAAUGGCCUGGACUGAUUAUUCAAUACUAAUUUCUAUUAUUGUCAAAACUAAAGUGUUGUUGUCACGUUGUCAUUCUUUGAUUCACUUCUAACAAUACACUUUUAACAUUUGGCCACAAUCAUUGUAUUCUCUGCAAAAUGUCUUCCCAGCAUUGUUUUCUCUGUAAACAUUUCCAGGCAUUUUGCUAUAUAUUUAUCAUAAAUGUCAUUAUUAUUAUUAUUAUUAUUUAAGGCGGUGAGCUGGCAGAAUGGAUAGCACACCAGACAAAAUACUUAGUGGCAUUUCAUCUGGCUUUACAUUCUGAGUUCAAAUUCCACCAUGGUUGACUUUACCUUUUAUUCUUUUGGGGUCAAUAAGAUAAAGUACCAGACAUGUACUGGUGUUGAUGAAAUCAGCUAUGCCCUCCCACCAAAAUUUCAAGCUUUGUGAGUAGAAAGGAUUGUUAUCCAGCCAGUGAACUGACAGAAUUGUUAAAACAUUGGACAAAAGGCCCAUUGGCAUUUCUUGCAGUUCUUUACAUUCUGAGUUCAAAUUUCACCAAGGUUGAUUUUGUUUUUCAUCCUUUUGAUAAAAUAAAUACCAGUCAUGUACUGGUCUCAGUUUAAUUGACUCUCAUGUCCCCAAAUUUCGACCUGUGUUAAAAAUUAUCAUCACCAUCCUCAUUAGGGCAGCAAGCUGGCAGACUCAUUAGCAUGUCAGACUAAUUUCUUAACAGCAUUUCAUCCAGCUGUUUUAUCCUGAGUUCAAAUCCUGCCAAGAUCAAAUUUGCCUUUCAUCCUUUCGGGGUCAAUAAACCACCAGCCAAGUAUUGGGGUCAGUGUAAUUGACUUGGUCCUCCACCCAAUCAAAAUUGCUGGCCUUGUGCCUAAAUUAUAAUCAUUAUGACUGUUGUGUCUUUGAUGACUGGGUGUUUGAAUUUGCUCCAUGUUAACAUUCCUGCCAAAACUGUCUUAAAUCUCUUAAGUUUCUUUUGACCUUUUAUGAUAAAAAAAUCUUUUAUUAUUACCAUUUAUACAGAGGUGACAUUGUGAGUUCAGUUUUCAAUUGUUUCGAGAUCUUUGAUGUCCAUUAUUCAAAUUUGACAAUAUAACUGAUGGUUAUGAUUUAGGAGUUUCAACAUUAAAUGUAAAGUUGACAAAAAA